AUGGCAUCCACACCUGAAAAGACAGUAGGGGCCGACGAAAAGGCCGCCUCCCCAACCACAAGCAAUGUCACCAAUAUCAACGAGAAAGCUCUCCUUCGCAAACUAGACUACCGUCUUCUUCCACCACUGACCAUCCUAUAUCUCUUAUCAUUCCUCGAUCGCAGCAAUGUGGGAAACGCCCGACUCGAAGGCAUGGCCACUGAAAUCCACAUGUCAGGAGACCAAUACCUCACCGGCCUAACCCUCUACUUCAUCGGCUACGUCCUAUUCGAAGUUCCCUGCAACAUCGUCCUAAAGAAGACUACUCCCCGGAUCUGGCUCCCCACUCUAACAUUAGUCUGGGGCGUUGUGGCGACGCUUCUGGGCGUGGUUCAGAACUAUGCGGGAUAUCUGACUUCACGGACUGCCCUCGGCAUAGCAGAAAGCGGCCUCUUCCCAGGAGUCGUCUUCUACCUAUCCAUGUGGUACAAACGCAACGAGCAACACUACCGCGUAGCAUUAUUCUUCAGUGCUGCUUCAUUAGCAGGUGCAUUCGGAGGGAUUCUAGCUUGGGGCAUAGCCCACAUGAAAGGCGAAGGACUCCUCACAGUCCUCAUGUCCAUCGGCGCUUACUUCUGGGUCUACAAUUACCCCUCAACAGCCGAAUUCUUGACCCCCGAAGAGCGCCAAUUCAUCCAAUUCCGUCUGAAGAACGACAACGACUCGACCCGCGACGAACAAUUCACCUGGAGUGCUGUCUUCGACGCUUUCAAAGACAUCAAGGUCUGGUUAUAUGGACUAGCGUUUCACACGAUGUCGCUGCCGCUGUAUACUUUGUCUUUGUUUAUGCCAACAAUUAUCUCCGCCUUAGGCUACACAUCUGCCCAAGCUCAACUCCUCACUGUCCCGCCUUACGCCGUCGCCUUCAUCCUAACCAUAACCGUAGCUAUUUUAUCAGAGCGCACGCACCGUCGCGCGCCGUUCAUUCUCCUUUCCACGGGCCUAGCAUGCAUUGGAUACAUUCUACUUCUGAGUGAUCAUCGACCAGGGGUAUCCUAUCUGGGCACGUUCUUCGCUGCAGCGGGGAUCUACCCCGCCGUGGCGAUUGUGUUGUCGUGGCCGGCGAAUAACGUCUCCGGUCAGACGAAGCGGUGUAUUGCGAAUGCGAUGCAGAUUUCGAUUGGUAAUUUGGGGGCUGUGUUGGGGACGCAGCUGUAUCGGACGGAGACGAGUCCGAGGUACUUUUUGGGUCAUGGGUUUGCGUUGGGGUAUCUAGUGGCGAAUCUGGUGGUUGUGGGAGUGCUGUGGGAGGUGCUGAGGAGGGAGAAUAGGGUUAAGGCGGAGGUGAGGGAGAGGGAGGGCAUGGAGGCGCUAAUGGGGGAUGUACACCAGAGUGGAAGAUACUCACUAGUUUGA